AUGCAGUUUCCAAUAUUACUCGCCGGUCUUUUCCUUGCACUCAUCACCACAUCAACCGCCUGGACUACUAAUCCAUCUCUUAAGCUUUGGCGAGGUGGCGAUACCUUCAACACUACCAGGCAAAUCGAAAUCGACAAGAUAUGCAGACGCCUACGUACAUUGACAAAACUCAAUGAUAUCGCGAAAAAUGACACCGCGCUGGACGCGACGAGCAUAUCUGCCAAGCUUGCCCAAGAGCGCAUCGACUGGAUCAAAAGCAACCGUGCCGAUAUAACCGCCAAACUCGAAGAAUUGCAAUCUAACUCAACUCUCACAGCCGAAUGUGACUCUCUCAAUGCGCAGCGUGACGCUUUUCGCGAAUGCAAGGCGUUAAACACGUUGGAAAAGCUGGUAAACUCGACAAAUGGUCAGACUGGUCUCAACCAAGGACCCACUGCGAACUUCCUCAACGACGAACAGAAGCAGGGGUUACAACAAAAGUUUGAAAAGGCGUUGUUGAAGCUACAGGAGCUCAAGGCUAACGCUACGCUGAUGGGUCUCUGUAACAGCGAUGCCGUGUUGCAGCAGAACGGCGCAAUCGGCAGUCAAGUGGUGGACAACAGCGGCGCUAUCGGUAUGACGAAGAGCGCUGCAAGUAGACAUGUACACAACACCGAGAGAGUGUUUUCAUUGUUAUUCUUGGUGGUUCCCAUAGUCGUGUUGACAACCUAG